GCUGACGAAAAAGGCAACAAGGAAGUUGCCAAAAAAAUAAAACAUGGGAAGUGCAUGUUGAAGUACUUAAGGGCAAAAAAAAAAGUCCUCAGGUUCUUGCCCUGCUUGUGAUUUGGAGUUAUUUUUUUCUUUUUUGAUAUCUUCUCUGUCUUGCUGGCAGCCGGGAGGAGCCUACUUUUGACUGACAGCUCCUGUAACCUGUGGCCCAUAAAAGCUCGACCGCUUAUGUGCCGCUGCCGUGUAUCGAGCUACCAGCUGACCUACUUUCCUCCGUGCUCCGCCACUCGGUCCUGUUUACGAGCCGCUGCCAGCGGAGGAUGUGGACUGGAGCGCCCGGAAAACAGACGGACGCAGCCCGCAGAGACCACGGACGGGUUUAGAGCGGGUCGGGGGUGGCGGGCUGGAUCCGAUCGUGUGCUCUCGACACAUUAGGAACCCGCCGAAGCUCAACGGCGAUUGAUAACACCACGUUAUGAACUUGGGUGACGUCGUUAUGCAAUUGAACUGCUUCGACGCUCGCGCGCGGCCAGUCGGACGCUGGCGGCUGCGCUCGGCUGCUGCUGCUGCUGCCGCUGCUGUGUUGUAGUUUCAAAAAAAAGAAGAAGAAAUUAAAUAUGACUGGAUCGAUCAAAGUUCAACGCGGACGUUUAUUUCUGCCGGAGAUCCAUUUUUUAAAGGAUUUGGCGUUUCUUUGGUGCACAGGAGGCAGCAGUGGGCAGCUGGUCCGUGGUAGAGUUUUCUAAAAGUGUGUUCAGACAAGGUGGGCGCGGAUGGGACUUAUAAGACUUCAGAAAGGACCUGGUUGGGAAAGGGUGUGAGUAUGGACAACCUUUCUGACUUUGGUGUCCCCUGUUCGUCUGCCUGCACAGAAUGGGACACCAACAGCUGUGUGGACGAUUUAAUGGAUGAAGAUGAGAAGGACAGGGCAAAAAGGGCAUCCCGAAACAAAUCGGAAAAGAAAAGAAGAGACCAAUUCAAUGUGCUCAUCAAGGAGCUAUGCACAAUGCUGCAAGGCCAAGGCCAUCCACGCAAGAUGGACAAGUCCACCAUUUUGCAGAGGACCAUUGACUUCUUGCAGAAACAGAAAGACAUCACUGCACAGAAUGACACCUGUGACGUGAGGCAGGACUGGAAGCCGUCAUUCCUCAGCAACGAGGAGUUCACACAGCUAAUGCUGGAGGCCCUAGAUGGUUUCCUAAUAGCAUUAACCACAGAUGGAAACAUCAUAUACGUAUCUGACAGUGUGUCUUCACUUACUGGCCACUUACCGUCAGAUAUGGUGGACCAAAAUAUCUUGAAUUUCCUCCCGGAGCGGGAACAUGGGGAGGUGUAUAAGCUGCUAUCAUCCCACAUGCUGAUGACUGACCCCAUUGCUGCUGACUUCCUUGACAAUGAGGCACAUAUUGAAUUUUGCUGCCAUCUAGCCAGAGGCAACAUUGACCCAAAAGAGCCAUCUGUGUACGAGUACGUCAAGUUUGUUGGAGAUUUCAAGUUUCAUAACAAUGUGCCUAGAUCCUCUUCUAACGGACUUGAGUUGACGUUACCAAGGAGCCUACAGUCAGCGCUGGAGGAGCAAGUCUGCCUCAUUGCUACUGUACGAUUGGUCACUCCGCAGUUUCUCAAGGAUUUGUGUAAUGUGGAGGACCCUUGUGAUGAAUUCACUUCCAGACACAGCCUUGAAUGGAAGUUCCUGUUUUUAGAUCACAGAGCUUCACCAAUCAUAGGCUAUUUACCCUUCGAGGUUCUGGGAACUUCUGGCUAUGAUUACUAUCACGUAGAUGACUUGGAGCUCAUAGCUCAGUGUCACAAGCAGCUAAUGCAGUUUGGAAAAGGUAAAUCCUGUUACUAUCGCUUCCUGACCAAAGGUCAGCAGUGGAUUUGGUUGCAGACCCACUACUACAUCACGUACCACCAGUGGAACUCCAAACCUGAGUUCAUCGUCUGCACUCACACUAUUGUCAGCUAUGCCGAGGUGCGAGCUGAGAGGAGGAGAGCGUUUGGCCUUGAAGAGCUUUCUCCACCCGAGAUCGCGCCAUCCUCUGUGAAGGCUCAGGAGCUAUACUUGGACAUCUGCUCCACGCUGGACCCGGCGCGGGACAGGAACAGCGGUGCACGUUCGGUAUCCUCCCACAGCUCCCGGAAGUCGUCCCACACGGCGCUGUCGGACUCUGCAUCAGCUAACUCCUACACAGAGGCCUGCACACCGUCGUGGCAGUCUGCUUCCAUCGGGACAGAGAAGACGUCUGCCAGACUCCAGCCCAGCAGUUCAAAGAAUUUGGCACAAAGACAAAAUUCCUUUGACCUCGUCCCCCAAAUGAGCCUCCCCCUUUCUCCUACCUGCAGCAAGCACUCCGCAAUGCAACAGCAAACUCAGCAGCAGCAGCAGCAGCAGCAGUCGUCGUCGUCGUCCAUGUAUGAGCUGCAGCAGCCGCAGCUCGGCGUCAUGAAUCAGCUGAAGGAGCAGCUGGAGGAGAGGACGCGGAUUCUGCAGGCGGACAUUAAGACGCAGCAGCAGGAGCUGCAUGACAUUAAGGAGAAGCUUCACCUGGCAAACAUCCAGAUGCUGUUACAGCAGCCUGUCCACAAUGACUUUGGCCAGGCCCAGCAGCAGCCUCAGCAGCAGCAGACUCAGCAGCAGCAGGGCCCGGGCAGGCCGGCCCAGCAGAGCCAGUCGGGGGUGAUCAGGGAGCUAUCGGGCCACCCGAAACCACCGUCCUGUGGGGCCCACAGCUCGUCCCCUCACUCGCUCCUGAGAGAGAACAGCUCACCAACCUCGACACAGGUCCAGCAGAGGAUUGCGCGGGCCGGCCAGGCGCGGUCAGCGGUGAGUCUGCCUGUGCAGACGAACACAAGUGUGUCGAUGCCCUUCUACAGCAACCCCAUGAUGUUCUCUCAGACCAACAGCAGGCCUCUGCAGGACACCAACGCAAACCAAAGACACGCGGACGGCGAGUUCAACCAAGAUGGACAACUACGCAUGCUGCUCAACCAACCAAUGCAGACGCUGGUUCCCUCUAGCACUGUCACCACGCAGCCUUCCCAGUGCAACAUGGGCCUCUCCCAAACCAUAUACACCCUGGAGCAGCAGAUCAUCGCGCCCUCAUUCUCCAUGCAACAGGUCAACUGCAACGCCGUGCUCGUGCCCUCGCCGGUCUUCACGUCCCCCAUCAUGUUCCCCCACAACGGUUUCCUCCCACAGCAGUCCCAGUCUGCCUACCACACUCAGCCUCAGGCCUCCCAGCACUCCCUGCAGCUACAGCAGCCCCAGCAGUUCUUUCAGAUGGCUCAAGGACUUGUACACGGUGGGUCUACUCCAGCAUUCUUACACGCCACUAAUGUCCCACAGCAAAGCACUGUGGGAUACAUCCAUCAGCAGCAGCAGCCGCAAACACAGCAACUACCGCAAGCGCAACAGCAGCAGCAGCAGCAACAAAGGCAGUACCAACAUUCCCAAAACCAGACUGGCAGUGUUUCAGACUUCAGAAAUCUGCUCACUCGGUAGCGCUGUGGACUCUGUCGUAGCGCCGAGACCGCCCUCCUCGUUGUCGCCGUGUAGGCGGAAGCGCACUUUGGCGUUUGGAGUUAAACUUGACGUCACGUUCUGCAGCAGAAAUGCUCGAAGGUGAAAAAAAUAAAUAAAAAGAGACGCUUGUCGUGACCUUAACCGUUUGAUGUGAAGCUGCCUGUUCGGAAGAAGGAGCGAAGCGAAAAAAAAACCCGGCAGGAGUCUGAGGACAGUCUGAGGUGCUGGGCCCGUUGUCCGCCGGCCCACAUCACACUCAGCCGCCGGAACAAGUGGAUUAUUGAAAGCCCGCGAGAAGACACUUUUUUUUUUCAUCUAACACAGAAAGUUUUCUUCUAAGUGUCUGUUUGCACUUUUCUACCACCCCCCUCCCUCCUCUUACCCCUCCCCCUCAAAGCUGAAUAUUCCUUUUAUCAAUAUUCGAUUUUCCUCACAUAACGGUGAGAUUAGAUUUCAAACCUACAGCUCGACGCCGCCUUCCUCAGUGACCCUGGUCAGAUUUUUAGCUCCAAUGAUGAAAUCUUCUCCCUAAAGGAAUGCAUGAACAUCACCGUGCGUUUCCGGGGACAGACGUGAGAUGUUUGGUCCCCGUUUUGUCCCAAAAGCAACAAUUUACUAUGUUCAUAAAAGUCGCUUUGUGAGGGGCUUUAAUAUUGUGGCACAUGCAGGAGAGGGGGGGCGGGGGGUGUACCCUCAAAUAACUAGAAAGUUCUAUCUAGAUUUUUAAAGCCUCAAUCUGGGACUGAAGAAGGGCUGUUACUGAAGUCCAGGUUCUUCAGGUGACGAACAAGCUGCCAGGGGGGCUGAAACAAACGUGUGCCUUUAACUGCGGCGCAUUCCGUGGUGCGGUUCGAUGGUUUUCGUCUGAUUACGGCUUUAAAAAUCCAGCUCAGGUCCAUUUGGAAUACAAAGUUCUAUUUUCGUAGGUCAUAAUUUAUAAUUUUCUGCAUCAGAUUGAAACAAAAAGACAUCUAGAUUUGUAAUGGAUAUAUCACAUAUAUAUAGAUGCUUUUUGUAGCCUUUACAUCCUUAAGUCCACACUAAUAAGAUUCAUUUAACUAUCUACUGAAACCAUAAUUGAAUGAUUUCAUGUUUAUUUAUUACAGAUAUAGUUGAGACACGUAUGAGAUAAGAAGCUGGUUCUAUAUUGAUUUUAUAUAUACGUUAAUUUUAGACAUGAAAUGGUCAACGCUGGUAUUAAUGUCUGACACCAGGAUCUGCACAGUGUUGCCCUGAUUAUUCCAGUCUGGUCACUUGUUGAGCGGCUGGGCUCAAUCACAAGUGAAAUAAAACACAGCUUCUUAUUAUGAAUGUGAUCUCAUUGAAGAAAAAAAAAAAGCAGAUCAUUUUUUACCUUGAAAACAGAGAAACCUCCAUUGUGCGAUUUUAGUGAAACGUAACACAGCCGCAGUGGCGUUAACAAAAAACUACAUUCGUCAUUAUUUCUAAUGAUCAAACAUUGUUCAUUCACACGUCGGAAAGUGAUUUGCACUUCCACGGCCCCCGUCGGCACUUCCAAGAUGCUGCAAAUCUUGUUCUCUACUCAUUGUACUGCUUUCAACUUUUUGUGAGACAAUCUUUUAGAGUCCAACGUUAUUAUUCUUUGAGAUGGUUUUGUGGUAGUUUUCUGUCCCGACUGCUAAUCAGCUCUCGUAACCGCACUCCUAAUCUCCAACAGUCAAUUGGAAGGCAACGGUUAAGAUAUGAGUUGCCGAUGGUGAAGCCAGACGGGCACCUGAACGAUGUCCAGGAAGAAAUCGCUCACCUCUCUUUCGGUGAUGAUAAUCACACACUACUUGUAACCGUAAACUGUUCAGGAACUGUCUGUCUAAAAAAUAAUUUGAUUUCGACCAUCGUCUAUUAUAAAAUUUGUAGUAAGUAGUCGUUUGAAAUAGUUUAGCAGGUAAAACACAGUUUUCUCUCAAGCAUUUCCUGAUUUUCUCACUGUGGAACUUAUGCUACAUUUUAUUCAUAAUCCGCCCCCAGUCAACACUAAGACCCCCUUCCCCCCCGUUCAAGACCGACGCCGUUCAUAUUGGACGACAAGACUUGCGUGUCAGAACUCUUUCAAGCGCGUAUGUUCAGUGCCGCUUUACACUUUUACCAUGUGCAAUGUCAAUUUGAAAACAAACAAACAGAAAGAAUGUUAAUUUAUACAGUUUGAAAUGGUUCACUACAGAUGUACGGUGUAUAUAGAGGUGUAUAAUAAGCCAUUGUACCAUGUACAUUAUAUGGGAGUAUUUUUUUAAAUGAAAUCAUCCUUACAUUCCUCCAGCCGUUGAUAUAAUCAGUAUCUUUUUUUGUUUUCCUUUUAAAAAAGUAAGCACGUGUCCACUGAAGAUUGUGAUAACAGUUAUUACACUUUGGUCUGCAUGGGAACGCGCCACAGGGAGUUAGCUUCUCCCAAACCUGACGACAAGAUGCAGAAACACUGGAAGAAAGAGUCACACGAUCGUCCAUGAUAAUGGGAACAAAUUUUCUUUUUAUCAAGACACUAAAAUCCUUGUUGCUGUCGAGCAGAAGAAAACACUUGAGUUCACAUGAUGAAAAAAACUUUUGGGUCUUUAAAAAAAUAUUUCUGAUGUCAUUUGUCUUUCUCUUUCAGUUUAAUGGGUUUCAGUUUUUGUUUUGUUUGUUUUUUUUGAGAAAAGUGCAAUUGUAAAGCAUCGUGAAAAUAUUAUUUUUAAUGUGCGAGGGAAGUCUCAGUCUCUCUUUUUCCAUCUCCACACUUCCACUUUUACACUAUAGAAACAAUAGAGUAACCACACAUAGGACACCAGUUCAGCCAGCGACUCAGGGGCGCCAUAGACGACUAUUAUUCUGUUUUCUUUCAUGAAUUCAUCAUUUCAACUUCAAAUAAUAAUAAUCCCAAAGCAUUUGUCCAAGAUUCAAAAUCGGCCAGUGGUAGUUAAAUUCCUCCUUGAGGUUCUUUCCCCAUCUAAAUACAUCUUUCAGAAUUCAGAUGUUCUCACGUCAAACCGGCCUUGCUCAGGUGGGAGAGGACAUUUUUUUUUCAUUUAACAUUGAGUAUCGGGCUCCAGCCUAUAUUAUUUUGCUUUGGACAAAUCACCAGAAUGUUUGGAUGUGCUUUUCUUUCAUUGAAAUGUACUUUUUUUUGUUGUGUAUUGCUUUACAGAAGUUAUUGUAAAUAAUCCAUCUGCUCAGUCAGUAAAUCUUUUCUUUUUGGUGGAGUUAUACCCCUCCUCACAUUGAGUGUCCAUGUUUUUGAAGGAAUGAGAUUUUCUUCAUCACAUUGGACUUUUCUGGUUUGCAAAGCAGCGACUGACGGCACCACGUGUGAGACGUGAGGUCAGAUCAGUGCUUCUCUGCGGAGGACUUGCCAGGACAUGAACAAAACACACCUGGUACACAGCCAUUUCUGUCGUUUCACAGCAGAAACAAACUUUGAAUAUAUUGUAUAAUAGAAUGUAAAAAAAAAACUAUAGACUAUAUGGUUGUUUAUUUUAUAUGUCCAAUAGAUUACAUAUGUAUGUUACAUGAUUUUAAAAUUAAAGUAAUUUUGUAACAGAUAAUGAAGUGUCUUAUUAGAGGAGCUGAUGCUUUUUUUUCUUUGGCGUUCAAGUUGGUGUUGCACAGUCACUUGUACGACUUGUUUUCUUUCUGUAUUUACCAUCAAGAUAAGCUUUAAAAAUAUAUAUUGUUAAUAUUGUUUUAAAAGAAAUUAACAAAUGCAGUUUACAUUCUAAAAAUAUCUUGAUAUUAAUUAUGCUAUAUUGAAUUAUUUAUAAAUCAACCUGGAUAUUGUGAAAUAUUGAAAAUAAAUAUUUUAAACAUA